AUGGAUAUUUAAAAAUAGCUGAAGUGCUAAAAACAUCUUAAUAAUGACAUUUUGUUUGUCAAAGUUAAUAACAUACAAGAUGAUGAUGAUGUUUUUUAUUGUGAAUUGUGUCCUUUUAGUGAAUCAAAUUUUAGUAUGUGUGACUGUACUCCCAUCAAAUCUAUUUUAAAUUGGAAUGAAGAAUCUCCCAUUUUUAAUCUAUUUCCUUUUAAUGAUUAAGAAUUAAUUAAAAAGCUUAAAGAUAUUUUCCAGAAAAAUAUUUAUGAAUAAUUACCAAAUCAAAUUAAUUAAUUUUAUGAUGAUUUGCAAGCUAAAAUUACGUAAAUGAUAAUUGAAUCUAAAAAAACAUCUAUCACAUUAGCUCAGUAGCUUUGUGAAUAAAAAUAAAAGGUUUUGCAGUAAUAUAAGCAAGCAAUUUACAAAGAUUAUAUGAAGACUAUUUUUUAAAAUUCAGAAAGGAAUACUUAAAUUAUAAAUAGUUUAAAUAAAGAGUAAUUUCAGGUUACUAAUGAACAUCCACUAUAAGCUCAAGUCUUGUUAAGUAAUAAAACUAAAGCUUAUGAUAUUGAUCAAAGAGGAUCGUUUGAAAAAAAUCGUGUAUUCUCAAUUAGAGAUUAGCAAAGCAAUUAAAAAAGCUACUUAAUAAAUAUUCAGAAUAAUGGAAAUAACUAAAUAUAAUUUAAAGAAAAUAGUAAUUGCCCAGGAAUAUUUGAAGUUACUGAUUAUCAUAACAAAUAAAUAAUUGUAGGUUUAGAUUAAUAUUAUCAAAGUCAAUUAUAGGCCAGUUUAAACAAAGAUUUUAGUUUAUCUUUUAGAGGCAGUUUAAAUUUAAUUCAUGCAGCUGAAUUAGAAUAAGAAAUUUGA